AGUGGGUGCUGUUGGUUGGAGAGCCCUCUGACUGAACUUGUGAGGAGAGAGAGGGAGAGGGAGCUGUGCGCUCUCUUCUCGGCAGAGUGCGUCCCGCUCCACACGCACACACACACACACAUCGGGGUCACUCGACUUCCAGGCAGCGGACUGCUUUCACUCUCGCACCUCCUGCAGGACGCCAGCAGACCUGUCCUACCUGUGCGUCUCCGGCGUGCGUCAAACCAACUCUGCUGUCCCUCCGUCUGAUUGUUUCCUCCGCGGUGCGUUUGGAUUACGGAGAAUAACGAGCAGCGUGUGCGCGCCGCUCCCGAAAUCAUGGAUUUAUGGAUAAAGUUGAUGUUGUUGUACAGCUGCUGCUUCGGAGCAAGUGCGGACUUUGACGGCAGGUGGCCGCGACAGAUGGCCUCGUCCAACGGCCUGUGCCGAUACGGGGCCAGGGUGGACUGCUGCUGGGGAUGGACGCGCCGCUCCUGGGGUCACUGCCAGCCUCUCUUCGCCUUAACUCACAGGGUAGCCCGGAUAAGGUGCCAGCCCCAAGCUCUGUGUCAGCCUGGCUGUAAGCACGGGGACUGCGUGGGACCCAACAAAUGCAAGUGCCACCCCGGCUUCACCGGCAAGACCUGCAAUCAAGAAGAAGAGCUGGACUAUUUAACCCCACCAGUGUGGGCCAUUCACCCUCCUAUCUUUCUUCCUGUGGACCAUCAGCCAGCGAGAGUAGUGACGGAGGACCUGAAUGAGUGUGGGCUGAAGCCGAGGCCUUGUAAACACAGGUGCAUGAACACGUAUGGGAGCUACAAGUGCUACUGCCUCAACGGCUACAUGCUGAUGCCUGAUGGGACCUGUGGAAAUGCUCGCACUUGUGGCAUGGCCAACUGCCAGUACGGCUGCGAGGUGCUGAAAGGAGAGGUCCGAUGUCAGUGCCCGUCACCGGGGUUACAGCUGGCCCCGGAUGGAAGAACCUGCGUGGAUGUGGAUGAGUGUGCAGCAGGAAUAGCAGUGUGUCCCAGGUUCAGGAAAUGCAUCAACACCUUUGGAAGCUACAUCUGCAAGUGCCACGAAGGCUUCGACCUGCAAUACAUCAAUGGGAAAUACCAAUGCAUAGAUGUGGACGAGUGCUCUUUAGGUCGGGGCCAUUGCAGCGGCUUCGCCACCUGCUACAACACGCCGGGCUCGUAUAAGUGCAAAUGCAAAGAUGGCUACAGGGGGAUGGGCCACGACUGCAAACCUAUUCCUAAGGUGGUUAUUGACCCCCCGAGACCAGGCAAACUGCCUCCAAAUCAUCACAACCGCAUCCCCGACAUGGAUCAGAAGAGGACCACCACCGUCCGCCCGCCAGUGACUCCAAAGAGAAUCAUCCCCGUUAUUCCCAAAACAACCGCCGCCACCGUGACGACGACAACCACAACAUCGACCAAAGCGCCUCAGCCUCCAAAGAGGGUCACCCCUCCUCCACGCGUAGUCCCCACCUGGAAGCCCGCUGUCCCAACCAGGAAGCCACCGGCACCCACGCGCAAGCCCUACAUCCCACCGAGACCAGUAGCUCCCACCAGACUCCCCCCGCCACCACCUCCGGUCACACCAGUGGACAACACCAUCCAGAAGGAGGUCACCAAACAGAGAGGGGACGUCCACAUCCCUCGGAACCACGACCGCAACACCAUCCUCGGCUACGACUUCGACGUCGAGCUCGGCAACACAGCAGAAGAAGCCAAGGACGACCCAGAGUCGGGGUACCUGAGCUGCUCCUUCGACGACGGCCUCUGUGGUUGGAUCAGGGACAAAGACGGAGACCUGCACUGGGAGACGACGCCCGAUCCGUCAGGAGGACGGUACCUCACCAUUCCCGAGGUCGGCAACAAGAGGACGGGGCGAGGGGCCCGGCUGGUCCUCCCCCUCACCCCGCCCUGGAACGACGGCAACCUGUGCCUGUCUUUCCGGCACAAGCUGGCGGGCCACCACGUGGGCAUGCUGCAAGUGUUCGUGAAGAAGGGAAAGCAGUACAGUCCGGCGGUCUGGGGCCGGACGGGCGGGAACGGAUGGAGGCACACUCAGAUCACGUUAUGGGGCACGGGCCUGGAAAGUGUCAUCCUGAAGGGGGAGCGCGGGCGAGGCCGGAGCGGCGAGAUGGCGGUGGACGACAUCACCCUGAGGAAAGGCUCCUGCACAGAGGAGCACAAUCUGAGGAGACUCUGACUGACAGAGCCGAGGACGGCAGAAAGAGAGGAGGGAAAAUCAUCUCAAAGAGAAGUGACUCUGUCGUGACAACCCCUCACUCUGUCUGGGCUCUCACUGAUCCCCCCCCCCCUCCUCCUCCCCCGCCGCGCCCCUCCCAG